AUGAAUUCUGUUACAUCCAUAGCUAAUAAUCAAACUAAGACCAAUAAUCAAUUAUAUAUUGAUGCAAAUUAUAGAGAAAAUGAUACAAUUAUAUUAUUGUAUAAUAUAACAACAAAUUAUUCUUAUUUUAUUACAUUUCGUUCAUUUGGACAUGAACAAUUAAAAUUUGGUUUAUUUUUAUCGAUAAAUAAAACUGAAGAAAAUUCUAUUGAAAUAUUUUAUCAAUAUCAUACACUAGAAUCAUUUAAUUUAUUUAUUAUUUGUUUUCAUUUUAUUCUUCAAUUAGAUGAUCUUGAUAUUCAAUGUAAAGAUCUACGUAUAAUCAAAGAUGAUCAUAUUACAUCGAAUUUAUCACAAGAUUUUCUUCCAUCAUAUAAUCCAUUAUUUGUUCCAAUGAUGUAUGGCUUAAGUAUUUUAAUGCUUUUACCUGUUAUUAUUCAACAUCAUCGUCAUAAAAAAGCUCAAUUAUUACAAAGACGAAAUGAAUUAAGACGUCUUUCAAUCACAAUAUCACAAGAUAAUCGAAAUUCGCAACAAAAUUUAACUAAUAAUAUAUUAUCAAAAAUUGUCAAAAAUGGAAAUAUCAAUUAUGAAAAUAUUCCAGUAGAUAUUGAACUUAUAUCAUUACGAUCAACAAAAACAAUGCUUGAUGAUGUAGAUGAUAAUGUUAAUUCAACAUUUGCAUUACAAACUCUUCAACCAUUUAUGCAUAAAUAUGAUGAUAAUGAUAUUGAUAAACAAUCUGAUGUUAAUGCUCAUGAUUGUAUUGCACAUCUUUUAGAUAAUACACCAUGGAAUACACUAUAUAUUGAUGAACCACUUACUACUAGUUCAUCUCGACAACCAGUUGUGCGUGAUUGUACUACAGCAAUAAAAGAACAACAUGUUCCAACCAUAAUUUCAUUUCACAAUGAUGAUAAUCAUAAUCGAAAAUUUACUAUAGAAUCUAAUAAACAUUCUACAAUAAAUUUAGAAAUGAUAAAUCGAGUAUUUUUUGAAUCAGACGUAUAA